GAAUCAGCCCAGAAGCCAAACCCUUUGAGCACCGAUCUAUCUAUCCCUGACUGAUCAGUCUCUUGGCUAUUGAAGCAAUGCUUUCUUCUCUCAAUAUUAGCUUUUCCUUUCCGUUGUUGAAACCUCAAACAAUUCAUUAUGGAUCUCCCAAAACCAUCAAUAGCAAGAAACGAAGCCAUAUGAAAAAUUAUCUUUCUGAUAACAAGACGAAGCCUAAGAACAUUAACAGUAGUGUUGUUUACAGUCCAAAAAGAGAAAGUGACUCAGAAAGGAAGAAACAUGGCCAUGGAAUUGGUAUUGCCAGGUUUCUUCAGGGAAAGAAUUAUCUUAUAACUGGUGCUACUGGUUUUCUAGGAAAAGUUUUUCUUGAGAAGAUGUUGAGAACAGCACCUGAUAUAGGCCAAAUUUUUGUCUUGAUCAGAGCAAAAGACAAGGACGCAGCGUUAAACAGAUUAAAAACUGAGAUCAUAGACUCUGAACUGUUGAAGAGCCUUGAAGAAGUGUACGGAAAAAACUACAAGGCCUUGGUGAUGAGCAAGCUAGUGGCAGUGCCUGGGUGUGUUUGUGAAUCUGAUCUUGGGAUGGACCCUUUCACAGCCAAUGAAAUUGCAACGAAAGUGAAUGUCCUUGUAAAUUCAGCAGCCAGCACCAAAUUUGAUGACAGGUAUGAUGUUGCUCUCAACAGCAACACAAAAGGGCCAUCUCAUCUCCUGAACUUUGCAAGGACUUGCAAUAAUAUCUGCCUUUUCCUUCACAUAUCAACAGCUUAUGUCAGUGAUGGAGAAGAGAAAAUAAUACAAGAAAGACCAUUAUGUAUGGGAGAGAAUAAUGUUUCUUGGAAGAGGAAUAAUAUCUCAAAAAACCAAAAAUCUGUUCCCAGGCUUGAUAUUGAUAAUGAAAUGAGGUUGGCAACAAAUCCAAUGGAUCUUGUUAAUGAUAACGAAGCAGCUCAAGAGAUGAAGAUACUUGGUCUUGAGAGGGCCAAAAUUCAUGGAUGGCCAAACACUUAUUCGUUUACGAAAGCAAUGGGUGAGAUGAUGAUCACGAGCUUGAAAAGUGAUAUACCAAUUGCUAUUGUUCGUCCAACUGUGAUUGGCAGUACCUACAAAGAACCUUUCCCUGGAUGGAUAGAAGGAAAUAGAAUGUUUGAUCCAUUUAUUUUAUCCUAUGGAAAGGGCAAGCUUCCAGGAAAGGUUGCAGACCCAAAAGCAAUUUUGGACAUGGUUCCAGUUGAUAUGGUAGUGAAUGCUGCAAUAGCUGUAAUGGCAAAGCAUGCGAAUUCUGGCAAUCUUGACCUAACUGUGUACCACUUUGGAUCAUCAAUGAUAAAUCCAAUUUCAUUUGGAGAUAUGGUUGAUUAUUGGUACAAGCAUUUCAAAUGUUGUCCACUUUCUGACCCAAAAGGGAAUGAUAUUAGCAUCUCCAAAAUGAAGUUUUUUGAGUCCAUUGAUGCUUUUUCAGCUUUCAUAUCAUCAGAAAUGGAAAAGAAAAGUGGUCUGAUGGAGCCAAUCUCUCUUGAACCUAACCGCUAUACUAAACUCAUACUUCAAUGUAAUAAAAGAGCACGCCAUUUUAUUCAAAUGGCUAGAGCCUAUGAACCCUACACAUUCUAUAAAGGAAGGUUUGACAUUGGGAAUGCACAAAAGUUAAUGGAAGAGAUGUCCAUGGAAGAGAUCAGAGAGUUUUGGUUUGAUCUAGGGGGCAUAAAUUGGGAGGAGUACAUCUGCAGCAUUCACAUUCCAGGACUGAGAAAGCAUGUUUUGAAGAGCAAUAAGUAGUAUCUAAAGUCGGUAUUCUUCUAUUAGCUAGUUUCUGGCUUUGUUAAUUUCCUCGAACUAAAUGUAAAAAUAAACGUCCACCAAAAAAAAAAUGUUCUCUUAUUUAUUGGUGAAAUAUCACCUGGAGAUGAAGGUGAAUAGGUGUUCUGAAACUCUGCCAAACUUCUCCAGAGCUUUGAGGAUUAUUUAUAGUUCUGUGAAGUUAGUGAAAAACUUGUUGAACAUUAAUUUAAAGUCGUUGAUUUUUUUUUAAA